AUGAAGUUGGCUGCACAGUUGCUCAGGCAAAGGGCAGCUUGUGGUCUCAGGGUGCCAAUUCCGCAGCGUGGAACAAUCCGGUUGGCUUCCACAUCCUCUACCGCCAAACAUGCUUCUCAAAGAACCUUUUUAUAUCUUACAGCCGGACUGGUAGUUGGAGGUAUUGCUGGCGCUUCUGUCUUCGAGUCUGGCUGGCCCCAUGUCGAGUCCCGUACCAGCCCGCGAUGGCGAGAUGUAAACCACAGCCAUGGCUCCUCUCCACGCAAAUAUGCAGAUAAGAGAACUAUGCUCAAGGCGGUUGACGAAAUACGAACAAUCCUUGGCGAAGAAGCCGUCAGCGUAGACGACUUUGAUCUAGAUGAACAUAGCUACUCUGAGUGGUCCACGUCCAACACGGAAGUUCGACCUGUUGCCAUUAUCCGACCCCAAUCGACAGAGCAAGUAUCAGAAAUUGCUAGAAUAUGCACCAAAUACAGGGUGCCCAUGGUUCCCUAUGGUGCUGGGUCCAGUGUCGAAGGCAACUUUAGCUCUCCCUAUUCUGGCAUAUGCAUUGAUCUAUCUACUAUGGACAAGAUUGUUGCCUUUCAUCCGGAAGACAUGGACGUCGUAGUUCAACCAGGCGUAAACUGGACUAAUCUUAACAACGACAUAAAGGAUUCUGGACUAUUCCUGCCGCUAGACCCUAGCCCGACAGCUCUCGUUGGGGGUAUGGUCUCGACAAACUGCAGCGGCACUAACGCUACGAGGUACGGCACAAUGAAAGACUAUGUUGUCAACUUGACAGUAGUUCUCGCAGAUGGCUCAGUUAUUAAGACUCGUAAUCGGCCCCGCAAAACAUCCGCUGGCUACAAUCUAAACGGCAUCUUUGCUGGGUCCGAAGGCACGUUGGGCAUCAUUACCGAGAUUACCGUGAAGCUGGCAACUGUACCGCCCAGCUAUAGCGUUGCCACUGUCACAUUUCAGAGCAUCAGACAGGCUGCAAAUGCCGCAUCUACCAUGAUUCGAUCUGGCAUACCCGUGGCAGCUGUUGAGCUUAUGGAUGAAGUACAGAUGCAAAUUAUCAACAAAAAUGGAGGUGCAGGAGGCAGAAUAUGGAGAGAACAGCCAACAUUAUUCAUCAAAUUCUCAGGAACGGAAGCCACUGUAAAGGACAAUAUAAAAUCUGUGCAAAAGGUUGCUAAAUCCUUUGACUGCAACUCAUUCGAGUUUGCCAGUACCACUGAGCAAAUGGACGCACUGUGGUCUGCCAGAAAGCAAGCACUAUGGGCAUCUUUGGCAGUGAGGCCUGAGGGAACUGAAGUCUGGUCCACAGAUGUGGCCGUUCCGCUGUCAAGAAUGGCCGAAUUGAUCGAGAUAUCUAAAGAGAGAGCGGGCAAACUUGGACUAUUCAACAGUAUCCUGGGACAUGUAGGGGACGGUAACUUUCAUCAGAUGAUCAUGUACAACCCCAAUAUCCCUGAGCAGAAGAAGGCAGUUACGAACUGUGUCAACUUGAUGGUGGAGGAUGCUAUUGCAUUAGAAGGAACAGUUUCGGGUGAACACGGUAUUGGACUUGGAAAGAAGCACUGCCUAGCAAAGGAGCUUGAUGGCGCAACACUAGGAGUCAUGAAAGCCUUGAAGGAUUCUCUAGAUCCUCAUUGGCUGCUAAACCCGGGCAAGGUGUUUGACGAAUAG